AUGUGGGUUGUCCAAGAGAUUUCCCUCGCCAGGCAGGCCACAGCGAUAUGGGGUAAAAGCGAAGUCUCCUGGGAGCUGAUCGGGCUCGCAGCCGCAAUCAUUCGCACCAACUGGAAAUAUAUCGGGACUUGGAGAGAGCACAAUGGAAUCAGAUCCCAUGAAGUUCCCGUUGGGGUCAUGAACGCAUACUUCAUGUAUCGGAUCUCCAGCUUUCGGUCAAAUUUGGACCCGCUUCGCUUCAGCUUCUGUGAACUCCUAGCCCUGACCAAACAGUUCAAAUGUCAGGAGAAGCACGAUAAAAUAUUUGCUCUGCUUGGACUGGAGACUUUGGAUCGGGCUAAGUUCUUCAUCACGGUUGAUUAUUCGAGGCCCCUGGAUGAUCUCUACCGCAGUGUAGCCCUAGCGAUACUUCGUUCCAGACCCUUGGGCCACUUGAGGGACAUCCACACUUUGUGGCUGGGUUAUAUCGGCCAGUUUCGAAUACAAGGCAUUGAGUCCACCAGCAAAGGCAGCCCAUUAGUCGUUCGAGGGGUCGUGCUGGAUUACGUGAGAUGCAAAGGCUCAGUACCAAUGACACUGGAACAAAAAGAUUCCAGAGAGCUACCCCCACAAACCGGUCUCACAAGAGCCGGCUUGGAGAAGCUCGCACUUACAUUAUCUGCGGGCGAGGACUGGUAUGGAACAACAGCAGCUUGCUCACAUCAGACGAUGGCUGAUUUCGCCAAGUGCCUUCGACUUGGCUUCCUCUGGUGGGCACUUUCGCAAGAUGCCUUUGGUCCCAGUGUAGAAGAUGAGGGCCUCAUGAAAGCCAACUGCGGUGUAGAUUAUAGACUUACCUCGACUAUCCCAUUAGGAGAUGAGGCAAUUGUCACACUCCAUGAGUUGAAGGCAAUUUCCACGCUCGGCGAUCGAGACCGGUUCCUGGAUGCGAUGAUCGCGGCGUGCACUGGCAGAAGCCUAUUCACCACUAAUACUGAAAUGAGAGGGUUAGGUCCAGCUUGCAUGCAGCCCGUAGAUAAGGUCUGCAUUAUUUUUGGGACUCCGGUUCCUUUUAUUGUUCGUGAAUGUAAAGAGGACUAG